UUUGGUAAGGGAAGGAGAUAAAAGGUAGGCCAACCAUAUGUAUCGGCAGAGUUAGUAAGGUUGUAGAGAAAGUGCGUGUGUUUUUCCCAAUUUGUGACGCCAUUAACACACUGCACCAGCAAGCAGAAAAGGCCUGGAAAACCGGAAAGUUUCAGUGGAGGGAAGCAUGGGGGACGAGGGCAAAACCCUCAAAAAGUUGGUGGUCUGCCCGCGGGCGAAACUAACCGUGAUCCCCGCUGUCCCAGGGCAGCUUAGCAAGAUACACCCCCUCUCUCUCCUCGACCACAUGAUGGGCGUACACAACCUGCGUAUAGUCUUCUACUACAAGACGCCCCGCAAUAAAGAGGAGGGGCUUCGACACGAGUCACUGAAGGAGGCGCUCUCUGAGACAUUGUCGAGUUAUCCAAUUGUGACGGGGAGGUUGAAGGGAGGGAACGAGGAAGGUAGAUGGGAGGUGCAGUGCAAUGAUGCCGGGGUUCGGGUUGUCGAGGCGAAGGUGGAGGGAACGGUCGAGGACUGGUUGGAGAGGGCGGAGGCGGCUGAUGAAGAGGGGCUGACAUACUGGGAGAAGAUGCCUGAGGAUCCUUGCUUCUGGUCGACCUUCUAUGUUCAGCUAACCCAGUUCGAAGGUGGAGGGUUUGCCAUAGGCCUGAGCUGCACGCACCUCAGUGCGGACCCCACCUCCGCCACCCUCCUCAUCAAAGCCUGGUCCGAAAUCCAUCGCCGAAAAGCCAUCUCCACACCACCCUUUUUCCACGCCUACGCCCUUUCACCAAACCCCCAAAUCUUGACCGUCCAUACACCCGCAACUCAUCUCCUUCAUUCCAAAUUGACGGCCCAAAAUACCCCCCAAAAUUUCGGCGAAAACUACCCCUCUGCGACGUUUCACUUUCCUCCCUCGUCAGUAAGGACCUUAAUUUCGAAAAUUGAAGAGGAAACCAAACUUCAAGUCACCCCAUUCGAGGCUUUGGCCGCUCUCUUUUGGGUUGCAUCGACACGUUCCCAUCAUACUGACUCGUACACCGAGUCCAUCUGCUUGUGCACCGAGUUUCGAAGGCUCUUGCAAGUGCCACUUCCGCAAGGGUAUUUCGGAAAUGCUCUCCACUUCUCCGAGGUGUCCGAGAAGCGGGCAAAUCUAGCAAGAUACAACUCGGGCCUUGCCUUAGCUGCUCGCCUCAUACACGAGGACCAGGACAAGGCCAAGGAGGAGGAGAUUUGGUCAGUGAUAAAUUGGCUUGCCGCCAGGAAAUCGGACAGUGGAAGAUCCUCGUCCCCCUUUCCGAUUUAUGGGCCGGGACUUACGGUUGCCAACUUUGAGGGGGUUAUGUCCUACAAUGCGGUUUUCACGGAGGGUGACCGGCCUUUACAUGUCUCCUACCGGGUGGAGCCGGUUGUAGGCGAAGGGAUGGUGCUUGUAUUGCCUUCGGAUGAGGGCGAUUUUGGGAGGAUCGUCGUGGUGACACUGCAAGGCGACCGGUUGAGCCGGUUGCGUAAGGAUAAGGAGGUAUCAGGGUUGGGUCCCAAGGUGAUGUUCAAGGGGAGUUUGACACGUGGGCAUGACGGAUGAGGCGGAUGGCCUGGAUGAGUGCUUAUUUAAUGGAAUUUGUAAGUUUUUAUUAUUUAUCGGGAUCUCUAUUAGUUGUUAUUUAUGUUUGAUCAAACCAUUUACAUGGUGAUCUUGUUCCUUAGUAUAUUCUUGCAUACAUUAUUAUAUUAUUUUAAUUAAGUUCAUACUAUCACUCUUCUU